AACCCAACUCUCAACCUCGCUUCCACCAACGUCUAUGGCAUCCUCGACCGAUUCACCACCGCCUUAUGGCAGUACAGAUGGUUCAGAGAGCGACCCCUUGAUCCCACCUUCGGGUCGUUCACACAAUAAAAAUGGCAUCUCACGCACAACCCUCAUGAUCAUCAUAUUCAUCAUCGGUGGACUCGUCGGUGCAUUCAUCCAAUGCGCCGCCUCUCAAAGUAUAUUCAGCCCCGCUGUCCGAGACUCCAUCCGGCGCCAAUGGGACUCUGAACGCCAAGGAUGGGAGAGGGAGCGUCGCCAAAGGGAAGAAGCAAGAAAACGCGCCCAGAUUCAUUGGUUGGCAUUGGAGAGCUCGCAGCGUUGCGAGCGGUACGGAACGAGGAAGUAUUGGGCGAAGUUGGGUCCCUUGGUUGGUGACUAUGAUCCUAUGGAGGCGUGUUGGACUUCGGAGAUUGAGAUUCAUGGUUGGAAGAUGAAGCCGACUUAUUGCGAGGAUAAGGGAGCGGAUCAUGGGGCGUAUGGUCAUUGGAUAGUCGACUUUGACGAAGGCGGGUGUCGUCCUUUCUGGGAUAGAUUUACGGAUAAAGGAUGCACAGCUCCAGGAUCCGGUCUCCGGCGCUUUGACGCCCACCUGAUAAAUCUUGACUACGCCGACGGAUGGAACGUCAUGUGCUCUUCCACGCCAGCCGAUUUCAAUGGGUUGCAUUUCAACGGUCCCAUGUCCUGUGUUAAUCAUCUCUUGGCCGGUGUUUUUGGAACCUGGCACGUUGUAGAUGGUGGCUGUCUCUAGGUGUGUAUAGCCAGAACAUGUCAUUUCACCAACUUUUGUAAAAUAAAAAAACACGAUUGAAUCCUACUACCAUGUCCACCAAACUGUCCGUAAUGCGAUACGCAAUAACAAAAGAUAUAAACGCAAGUCCGACGAGCCGUACUUGGAACUUGAACGCCCUCAGGCUCCCUUUCCUUUCCAAAACAAAAAAGGUCAUCGGCAUCACCUUUCCCGGCCUCAAUC